AUGCCGGCUCACGCAACAAGUGAAGCCGCCGCGAUACACUCGAGCUUUGUGGUGACCUUCUUGAGCGCACUCCAAGCCGCCGCCUCUGUGCUGGUGACAAUUGGCGUCGGAGUUGCAGCGGCUCAGUUCGACCUGGUGACGCCCGAGUCGGCGAAGCACAUCUCGCAGCUUUGUGUCAACAUUUUUCUUCCCUCGCUGCUGAUUGCCAACCUCGGUUCAGAGCUACACAUUGAAACUGCACCGAGAUACAUUCCCAUUCUGAUCUGGGCUACCUUGUUUUGUACCAUCGCCAUCUUCGUCGCUCGAGCCGUCGCUGUGUUGUUUAACCUUCCGCGCUGGACAGUGGCAACAGUCGUCUUCAACAACACCACGUCCCUUCCUCUAUUCUUGAUUCAGUCACUGGAAAGCACCGGAGCGCUCAGAUCCGUCGUCGGAGAGGGGAAACAUUCGAUGGAAAAGCUCAGGUCGUACUUCCUCGUCUACGCCGUCGUCAAUAACAUUUUCACCUUUGGUACUGGAAAGCGGGCGGAACAGGGCUUCUCAGAGGAUGGAUUCCCGUAUUCGAAUUUGCGGAGAUUGAGGGAAAGGGCACUGGGCAUGUGCGGAAAGGGCUCCGUGAAUUCCAACGACGAAGAGGCUCACGGCGAGGGAGAGGGCCCCGGGGAGAACUCGGAACAGAGUCGACGGGUCGUCGACUUUGAGAACGGAUCGCCCAGUCACCCGAAUGGAGGAGACUCUGACGGGGAGACGACUCCGCUGCUACCCGAAAAUUUCAUUCGGUGGGAGCGGUCGACGAAACAACGCGUCUCCGAAAGAGCUUCCAAACUCAUCGAACCUCUCCCCGAGCCAGUAAAAAAGUUACUCCGCGUCGCCCGAUCCUUCGUUACGCCCACUGCGAUCGGCGCUCUCCUCGGAGCCAUCAUCGGUCUGGUUCCUGCCCUGCAUCGACUCUUCUUCAGCCCCUUGCAGGAAGGCGGGUACUUUAACGCGUGGCUCACCAUUGACCUCAGGAAUGUGGGCGAGCUCUUUGUCACGCUGCAAGUCAUUGUUGUUGGAGUUGAGUUGAGCCUCAGUCUUCAGUCCAUGAAGAAGGGAGAAAACUCAGGAGAUGUCCCGUGGGGAGCUGCUGUCUACGUUAUUGUGACCAGGUUCCUCGUUAUGCCUCUCCUCAGCAUCCCCAUCGUCUGGGCCCUAGCCUGCUACACUAACCUCCUCCCGAGCGAUAGAGCCGUUUGGUUCGCCAUGAUGAUCCUGCCCGUCGGGCCUCCCGCCAUGAAAUUGAUUGCGCUCGCCGACGACCGCUUCUCUACUGCUUUCUAA